AUGCUCAAGAUGCGGUCGAUCUUGGUCCUCCUUGCCCUUGUCUUCAUUGGUCUCUCGGCUUCUCCAGGGCCUUAUUAUAUCAAGAAGCACGUGCAACCCGGAUAUAUUAUACUCUGUAAGUUUGGGGGAGACUUAAUGGUUAAAAAAAAGGUUUCAAAACAAAAAUUUUAAUGGUUAAAAUUGAACGUUAGUGGGCCAGAAAAUGGUGGGGUUGUUUUCAAAUUUGUUGCCAUUUGUCAUUGGCAAAAAACUUCGAAACUGAAAAAUCCAGAAGCCAUGAAAACCGGGAGUAUCAGUCUGUCGGGAAAAUAAUGAGCACAGCGUCGCUGCGCCAGUUUCGUGGCUGAAUUGAAAAGCAAUUUGAUUUUGCCGCGACACAAUUCAUUUUCUUGGCGGCGAUGCGAUUUUCAAUGCGACAGAGUGCUCAGUAUUUUCCCGACAGACCGAUCGUAAAAAAAACCAGCGUUUAUCCGGCUCUGUCAGCCAUAGAUUAAUCUAAUUUUGCAAAGCAUUUUUAUUUUGUAAAUAUUUUCAGUGAGGCCUCAGUGUAGGGACUUGUGGGACUGUGCAGACCAUUGCCCGUUCGAUUUUAUGGAGUACAAGUGUUCUGAAAGCGGUUGCCACUGCCAAGCGUUGCCGUGGCAGCUGAGUCAGGCCUACCCGGAAUACAAGGACAUCUUCGACGCCAAAAGUCCCAUUAUGCAAGUGUAA